CCUUUCCUUAAAAAAAACCUCUUUUUUUAAUCUCGCGGAGGUUAUUUAUUCCUUCGCCCUUAUUUGUGGGCUUUGCACACAGCAGCCCCCUUCGGUUCCUCCUCCUCUCUCUCUCUCUCCACCUUCCCCCCCCCCAAUCCUGUAGUGUUUUGUGUUUAAAAAAAAAAAAGGAAAAGCCCUUUUCCCUCUUGGUUGUGUGUGUGUGUGUGUUUCUUUUCCAUCCUCCCCUUUCGGUCUGUGUGCCUGCUUGCCUGCCUGCCUGCCUGCCUCUGAGACUCUCUCUGCCUGCCUCUCUGUCUCUCUUUUCUUUCUUGUUGGAGGCUUGUGGAAUAAUGGCGUGUGGGUUGUGGCUGUGAGGAUGAGUUCCUGCUUCGUGCCGAACGGGGCCAGCCUGGAGGAUUGCCAUUCCAACCUAUUCUGUCUGGCCGAUUUAACAGGGAUUAAAUGGAAGCGAUACGUAUGGCAGGGCCCAACAUCGGCCCCAAUUCUCUUCCCGGUGACAGAAGAAGACCCCAUCCUAAGCAGCUACAGUCGCUGCUUGAAGGCCGAUGUCUUGAGCGUAUGGCGGCGAGAUCAGAGGCCUGGGCGCAGAGAACUGUGGAUAUUCUGGUGGGGUGAUGACCCUAACUUUGCUGACCUAAUUCAUCAUGACCUGGCAGACGAAGAAGACGGUGUAUGGGAGAAUGGGCUUUCCUACGAAUGCCGCACUCUGCUAUUUAAAGCCAUUCACAACCUGGUGGAGAGAUGUCUAAUGAACCGUAACUUUGUGCGCAUCGGGAAAUGGUUUGUGAAGCCUUACGAGAAAGAUGAGAAACCCAUAAAUAAAAGCGAGCACUUGUCCUGCUCCUUCACCUUCUUCUUGCAUGGGGACAGCAACGUUUGCACCAGUGUGGAAAUCAACCAGCACCAACCUGUCUACUUUGUUAGCGAAGAACAUCUGACCUUGGCCCAGCAAUCCAACAGCCCGUUUCAAGUUAUUCUGAGCCCGUUUGGAUUAAAUGGUACGCUCACGGGACAGUCAUUCAAGCUGUCGGACUCGGCGACAAAGAAACUCAUUGGCGAAUGGAAGCAGUUCUAUCCGAUCACGUCGAACCUGAAGGAAGGACUAGAGGAAAAACAUGAGGAGAUGGAUUGGGAGGAUGAUUCUCUAGCUGCUGUGGAAGUCCUUGUUGCUGGCGUGCGAAUGGUAUACCCAGCGUGCUUUGUUCUUGUUCCUCAAACCGACAUUCCUGCUCCUAGCACUGCUGGGUCCAGUACCUGCUUGGGUGUCCAUCAAGUGCCUGCUUCUACCAGAGACCCAGCGAUGUCCUCCGUUACUCUGACUCCACCGACGUCCCCCGAAGAAGUGCAAACAGUUGAUGCUCGAUCGGCCCAAAAAUGGGUGAAGCUUUCUUCUGCUUCAGAUGCAUUCAGCAGUGACAGCACGAGCCACCACGGUGGCCGGAUCCCGCGGAAGCUGGCCAAUCAAGUGGUUGACCGAGUCUGGCAAGAAUGCAAUAUGAACAGAGCAGUAUCCAAGAGGAAGUAUUCUGCUACAUCAAAUGGCUUGUGUGAAGAGGAGACCGCUGACAAAAUAGCAUUUUGGGACUUUGUGGAAGCCACACAGAGGACAAACUGCAUUUGCUCAAGGCACAAAAAUCUCAAACCCAGACUUGGGAUUCAGCAGGGGCCGGUGCCUCCCGUGGGCCAGCCCCCGCAAGCAGCUCCAAAGCACAAGGCGAACGAGAAGCAAGAGAAAGGCGACAAGCCCCAGAAGCGUCCUCUGACUCCCUUCCACCACCGCGUGUCCAUCAGCGACGACGUGGCCAUGGAGGCCGACUCGGCCAAUCAGAGGCUGGUGAUCACGGCGUCCGACAGCCAAGUGAGGUUUUCCAACCUCCGAGCCGGCGACGUCGCCAAGACUCCUCAGAUGCACGGGGCGGAGAUGGCCAACUCCCCGCAGCCGCCCCCUCUCAGUCCUCACCCCUGCGACGUUGCCGAGGAAGGGGCCACCAAAACGCCUUCCACUCCCCAGAGCCAGCAUUUCUAUCAGAUGCCAACUCCAGAUCCUUUGGUUCCUUCCAAAGCAAUGGAAGACAGGAUAGAGGGCCUGUCCCAAACUUUUUCGGCACAGUUCCCAGAAGUCAUAGAGCCCACAAUGUACGUUGGUACAGCGGUGAACGUGGAGGAGGAGGACGCAGACUCCACGUGGAAGUACUACAGGGUCCCAAAGAACAAGGAUGUGGAUUUCUUGCCGCCUCAACUGCCCAGCGAGAAAUUUAGGGACGACCCCACAGGAUUUGCGGGGCUAGAUGCCGUUCCCUCGGCCACAGAAUUAAUGGUACAGUGUAGGAAACCUCUAAAGGUGUCUGAUGAAUUGGUGCAGCAAUACAAGAGCAAGAACCAGUAUCUAGCAGCAAUAGUCGCUGACCAGGAGCCGGAAAUGGACCCGUAUGCCUUUGUUGAUGGAGAUGAGGAGUUCCCGUUUCCUGAUAAAAAGGACCGGCAGAACAGUGAACGAGAAGUCGGGAAGAAACACAAGAGUGAAGAUGGGGCACCCAAUGUUGGGGAAGAUGCAAUGUCGCUUUUUAGCCCUUCUGUGAAACAAGGGAUAGAUGCUCAGCGCAUUCCCCCUCACAAUCGUACGGCAUCCACUAGCUUGUUCCAUGAAAAUGACCUUGUUGUCUCCUACACUGACCUUGACAAUCUCUUCAACUCUGACGAAGAUGAGCUAACGCCUGGGUCUAAAAGGAUGCUGAAUGGUGCAGAUGACCGAUCCAACUGUAAGGAGUCAAAAGCAGGAAAUCUGGACCCUUUGUCUUGCAUAAGUACAGCAGACCUUCAUAAAAUGUAUCCCACGCCACCGUCGUUGGAGCAACACAUUAUGGGAUUUUCUCCCAUGAACAUGAACAGUAAGGAAUAUGGCAGCUUGGACACCACACCAGGAGGGACCGUCCUCGAUGGGAACGGUGCUGCGGUCGGCCUCCAGUUCAGGAUUGAAGUCGAUGAAGGGUUCUGCAGCCCCAAACCCUCGGAGAUAAAGGAUUAUUCGUACGUUUAUAAGCCUGAGAACAGCCAAGCUUUUGUGGGGUGUUCUAUGUUUGCGCCCCUGAAGACUCUCCCCAGCCAGUGUCUCCCGCCCGUCAAGCUGCCCGAGGAGUGUGUCUACCGCCAGAGCUGGGCCGUUGGGAAGCUGGAGUUGCUUCCUCCAGGACCCGCUGUGCCGUUCAUCAAAGAGAGCGAUGGCAGUACCAUUGAUCAAGAGUACGGCCCUGCGUACACCCCACAGACACAUACUCCCUUUGGGAUGCCCCCCAGCAGCGCUCCGCCCAGUAAUGGUGGGCCAGGGAUCCUGCCUUCUCCUUCCACCCCUCGUUUCCCGACCCCUCGUACCCCUCGGACGCCAAGAACUCCCCGUGGCACCGGGGGCCCGGCCAGUGCCCAAGGUUCUGUCAAGUACGAGAACUCAGACUUGUAUUCGCCCGCUUCGACGCCCUCGACCUGCCGGCCGCUCAACUCUGUCGAGCCGGCCACCGUCCCUUCCAUCCCCGAAGCCCACAGCCUCUACGUCAACCUCAUUCUCUCCGAAUCCGUGAUGAAUCUCUUCAAGGAUUGCAAUUUUGACAGCUGUUGCAUCUGCGUCUGCAACAUGAACAUCAAAGGUGCUGAUGUUGGCGUUUACAUUCCCGACCCGACCCAGGAAGCUCAGUACCGGUGUACCUGUGGCUUCAGCGCGGUCAUGAACCGGAAGUUUGGCAACAGCUCUGGCUUGUUCCUGGAGGACGAGUUGGACAUCUUAGGGCGCAACACGGAGUGCGGCAAGGAGGCCGAGAAGCGCUUCGAGGCUCUCCGUGGCACUGGCACCGUCGAGCACGGCGGAGGACCGAAGGAGGCCGAGCGGUUGCCGGAGGAGCUGAUCCUCUUGCUGCAAGACCAGUGCACCAACUUGUUCUCACCCUUCGGAGCGGCCGAUCAGGACCCUCUGCCCAAAGCCAGUGCCGUCGGCAGCCUGGUGCGUGCAGAGGAAAGGGAUUGUUGCAAUGACUGCUACCUUGCGCUGGAACAUGGGCGCCAGUUCAUGGACAACAUGUCAGGAGGGAAGGUUGACGAAGCCCUUGUGAAAAGUACUUGCUUGCAUCAUUGGUCAAAACGGAACGUUGUAGACGUGAGCACGCAGUGUUCCCAGGACAUCCUCCGCAUGCUGCUGUCCCUCCAGCCUGUCCUUCAGGACGCCAUUCAGAAGAAACGAACCGUUCGCUCCUGGGGCGUGCAGGGCCCUCUCACCUGGCAGCAGUUUCACAAAAUGGCCGGCCGAGGCUCUUAUGGAACGGAUGAGUCUCCAGAACCACUGCCCAUUCCGACCUUUUUGUUGGGAUAUGAUUACGACUUCCUGGUGCUGUCCCCCUUUGCCUUACCAUACUGGGAGAGGCUGAUGUUGGAACCCUACGGGUCUCAGAGAGAUAUCGCUUACGUUGUGGUGUGUCCAGAGAACGAAGCGCUCCUGAAUGGAGCGAAGACUUUCUUCCGGGAUCUCACUGCAAUAUAUGAGUCCUGCCGGCUUGGUCAGCAUCGGCCCAUCUGUAAACUCUUGCCUGACGGCAUAAUGAGAGUCGGCUCCGCGGCGUCGAACAAGCUCUCUGACAAGUCGGUGGCGGAGUGGUUCUCUCAGGCAGCGCACGCCAACAACGAAUCCUUUUCUAGGCUCAAGCUGUACGCCCAGGUCUGCAGAUACGAUUUAGGUCCUUAUCUUGCGACCCAGCCGUUGGACAAUUCCCUGCUUUCUCAGUCGAGCCUCGUCCCCCCCGCCAGCCAUCCUGCCUCAUCCACCCAACCUCAGGUUGCAGGCAACUCCACCCCGUCGUCCACCCCGUCAUCUGGCGGCAGCAAUGCUGCUGUGAUGACCUCCGGCACCGCCAUCACUUCGGCUGCCACCACUGCCAACGUCACACUGACCACGACGGCCGCUUCAUCGUCCUCCUCUUCCUCUUCCUCCUCGGGCACGGGCGGUGGAAUGUCCUCCAGCAAACCGUCUUCGUUCCCACCUUUUGGCAGCAUGAACAGCGCUGCGUCCUCCUCCCUCGUCGCGCCGUCCGCAGCAGUCCCAAACGGGCAGGUGGGGGCGCAGCCGCAGCAGGCGGCUGGGAUGCCGGGGGAAGCUCCUCCUCCUCCCCCCACACAGCCGCAUCCGGAGGUUUCGGAGAGCACGAUGGACCGUGAUAAAGUGGGGGUCCCCACCGACGGCGAUUCGCACGCGGUCACCUACCCGCCCGCCAUCGUGGUUUACAUUGUCGACCCGUUUACGUACGAGAAGAAAGACGAAGGCAGCUCCUCCAACGUGUGGACCCUGGGUCUUCUCCGUUGCUUUCUCGAAAUGAUCCAGAGCCUCCCUCCUCACAUCAGGAACAUUGUUUCUGUUCAGCUUGUCCCUUGUCAGUACCUGUUGCAACCUGUCAAGAACGAAGACCGUCAGAUCUACACUCAGCACCUGAAGUCUCUGGCCUUCUCCGCCUUCACGCAGUGCCGAAGGCCUCUCCCGACGUCAACCAAUGUGAAAACGUUGACAGGGUUCGGCCCUGGCCUAGCCAUGGAAAUGGCCCUCAAAAGUCCUGACAGACCGGAGUGUAUCAAGCUGUACGCCCCUCCUUUCAUCUUGGCUCCUGUCAAAGAUAAACAGACAGAGCUUGGCGAAACGUUUGGAGAGGCUGGACAGAAAUACAAUGUGCUUUUUGUGGGUUAUUGCCUUUCCCACGAUCAAAAGUGGCUCCUUGCCUCCUGCACGGAUCUGUACGGAGAACUCUUGGAAACAUGCAUCAUUAACAUUGAUGUCCCAAACAGGGCCCGUCGGAAAAAGGGAUCUGCCCGCAGACUGGGCCUCCAGAAGCUGUGGGAGUGGUGCCUGGGGCUCGUUCAGAUGAGUUCCCUGCCGUGGCGGGUUGUUAUCGGACGCCUUGGAAGAAUCGGUCACGGGGAACUGAAAGACUGGAGCUGCUUGCUGAGCCGCCGGAACCUGCAGUCUCUCAGCAAAAGGCUGAAGGACAUGUGCCGCAUGUGUGGCAUCUCCGCCGCCGAUUCGCCCAGCAUCCUCAGUGCUUGCUUAGUGGCCAUGGAGCCACAGGGGUCGUUUAUCAUCAUGCCAGAUUCGGUAUCGACCGGCUCCGUGUUUGGGCGCAGCACCACUCUGAACAUGCAGACCUCUCAGCUGAACACCCCGCAGGAUACGUCCUGCACCCACAUCCUGGUGUUCCCCACCUCCGCCUCGGUGCAAGUGGCGUCAUCCACCUACACCACCGAAACCGGUUUGGAACUGGCCUUUAAUACGAACAACGGUUUGUACGGAGCAGAUGGAAUGGGAAUCUUUGAUCUCUUAGAACCUGGAGAUGAUCUCGACCCAGAUAUCAUCAACAUCCUUCCUGCGUCCCCGACGGGCUCCCCGGUGCAUUCACCGAGCUCCCACUUCACUCAUGGAGGUGACAUGGGCAAGGGUCAAGGAACAGACCGAUUGCUCUCGACCGAGUCUCACGACGAAGUCACGAACAUCCUGCAGCAGCCACUGGCCCUCGGCUACUUCGUCUCAACUGCCAAAGCAGGUCCCUUGCCUGACUGGUUUUGGUCGGCCUGUCCCCAAGCACAAAAUCAGUGCCCGCUGUUUCUUAAGGCUUCUUUGCACCUCCAUGUGCCUUCAGUGCAGUCGGACGAGCUCCUUCAUAGCAAACACUCCCACCCUCUUGAUUCGAAUCAGACUUCUGACGUCCUCAGGUUCGUGUUGGAACAGUACAAUGCUCUCUCCUGGCUCACCUGUGAUCCCGCGACCCAGGACCGGCGGUCGUGUCUCCCAGUUCACUUUGUGGUGCUGAAUCAGUUGUAUAACUUUAUGAUGAAUAUGCUGUGAUCUUUAUCUGAACUGAGCAAGAAGAAGAGGAAAAGAACCCCACAGCCACACAUACACACACACAAACACACAACGAUGAUGACGACAACAAAGGGAAACAAAAGUUUUCACUGCAGGACUAAGUUAAUUCUUCUCUGUAGGAGUCAUUUUGUGAUGGGGUGGUGGUCUCGUUCCUCAUCAUUUCCAAAAAAAAAAAAAAAUAUUGGGGGGGUGGUGGUUUUGGUUUUUCCACCGGUGGGGCGCAGUCCCGCCCUCUGCUCAGCCCCCCUCUCUUUCCCCCCCUCUUUUCGUUGAUGCAUUGCCUGCCCCAGACUGAUCAAGGUGGUGAACACGUCUGUUGAAAUGUAUUAUAAUUCCUCUUUUUCAGUAGCCGAGUAGCUCCUUUCCCUCCCCCUGCCCCCACUCCAUGCCCCGUCACAGUAUUUGUGAAGAGUAUAUGAGCCAUAGGCCCCAGCCAUGUUGAACGGAUGUUUUGAAAAGACCUAAGCAUGGAGACGACGAUAGACGAACGAGGGAGAACCGGGGGAGGGAAGAAAAAAAAAACCCAACUUGUCGAAUGCUUUUGGAACACUGCAAUGUUCUUGUAUUGGAUUAUAGUACCUAGUAUUCAAACAAACAAACAAAAAAAAUAUGCCUGCAUCUCUUAUUUAUUGUAAGUUUUUAAAUGUAUAAAUUGUCUUAUAUUUCUUAACCUCUUUUAUAAAAAAAAAUUUUCCUAGAAGGUUUAUACUGCCUUCUUGCUUUAAAGCAAUUGGUCUAAAAUAUAUAUGUAAUCGUCUUAAUUGAACGUUGCAGUAGGUUGCUUUUAGAGUAUUAUUUUUUUGUAAGGGAGGGGUUGGCAGGGAGGGGCCUGGGAACAGUAAAAUUUGUAUUUGGUCUUGAUGUACAGUUUAACGGGGAAUAUAGGAGGUGGGUGGUGGGUGGGAUAUAGAUGUCCAUACCAUUGUGUGUGGGAGAUUUACAGCUAAGCUGUAGUUGCAGAUUAUACGUGUACAGUAAUGAAGUUCACUGUGUUUAUAUAAAAAUUGAAGAAAAAAAACAAAACAAAAGGUACCGGGUCUUACAGCAAUUUUAUAUCACACCUUUGCAGAGUUAACAGAAUGGCAAUAUAUUAAAAAAAGUGAUAUUGUUAGGUGGCUUAACUUGUAGUGAGAAUUUAAAACAAAGAAAAAUAAUAAUAAAUUGUUUUAAUUUUUUUUAUUUUUAUUUUUUUGGGGGGGAUAUUUUUGUGGAGGGCUGAGACAAACUUUCUCAGGCCUCUUCCCCGGGUGGGGUUUUGUGUUCUUUUUAAAAUUGUUUUGUUUUGUUUAUUUUGGUUCCUCCGAGGGUGGAGGAGGUGCCCGCCUGCCUGCCGCAAGGGGCCCUCACCCCGCUCCUCCGAGGCGUGCGUUUUAGUCAAGCGAGAAUCUGUGUCCCCCGAUGAAAUCGCGACACUUUUAAAGAGAAAUACCCUUUUCCCCCCUUCAAUAAAGCUGCGUCACUUUCA